AUGUUGAUCGAGUGUGGCCUUCCUACUGUAUGGGAUCUCUUGAAGUGGGCAGUUACUGCGAUGAAGCGUCCUGUGGAAUAUGCGAUGUCCUCUAAGAGCUUCGCCGAUUAUCUUCGGGAUGCAGUCCGCAAUUUGGAGAACGAGGCUGAGAGAGUCCACAUUCUUGAAAUAGGGGCCAAAAACAAUGUUCGGAACUUCUACAGUGCCUUCACGGAGUGGCAGGCAAGUGCUGAGAAGGCCUUGAAGGAGGCACGAGACCUAUCGGACGACUUCGAAAAGGCGACCAAGACUUGCUGCUACGGCACUCUUCCCGACCCCUAUUGUCGCUAUCAGUUCAGCACGAAAGCCAAGGCUGAGAUUGAGGUCAUUCAGGAUCUCGCUCAAAAGUGCAUUGAUCAAUUCAAGGAAUUGAACGACAUUUGCUUCAUCGAUCCUGCUCCUGGAAAUGUCUCUACUUCGACUCUGGCCAAGAAAGAAGGCCAAUAUGUCAUCCAACCGACCACUGCGACAGCCUCUGCUUUUUCUGCCUCUACGUCGAUCAAGCUCAGGGAGGAUGGCGUCUUCGAAUCCAGAGCUUUAAUUAUACAAAACAUCAUGGAAGCUCUUGCCAAUAACAAAAAUAGUGUGGUCGGGGUUUACGGGAUGGGCGGGGUUGGCAAGUCGACCCUUUUGGUGGAUGUCGAAAGGAGAAUAAGAAGAGAGAAGUCGUUUGAUCUGGUCGCUAAGGCCGACGUGUCGGAAAAUCCAAACAUCAAGAUGAUUCAAGAAGAGAUUGCGCACUGGUUGGGCCUUAGUGACAUAAAGAACGAAGAGAAUGUCAUCGUGCGAGCGGAACUUCUGCACAAGAGGUUGGAAGACGAGGAGGGGAAGAAAAAGAAGGUCCUCAUAAUACUGGACAACUUGUGGGAGGGGCUCGACUUGAAGUCAGUUGGCAUUCCUUGCAGACAUGACAACAAAGUCAUCGGAUGCAAGUUGUUGUUGACGUCGAGAGAUCGGAAUGUUUUACAAAGGGAAAUGGGCUGUGACGGGGACUUUCUCCUUGUUGGGCUGCAAGACGAAGAGGCAAGAGGCUUGUUUGAGGAAAUCGCGAGAGAGAAAGUUCAUGAUGAGGAGUUCAAAGCCUUGGUGGAUGAAGCCCUCCACAAAUGUGCAGGUUUCCCUUUCCUAAUUAUCGCAAUGGCCAAAUAUUUUAAAAACUCUCCUUUAUCUGAUUGCAAGGAUGCUUUGAAACAAAUCGACAUGUCUACAAACAAAGGAAUCAAUAAGGUAAUAAAUAAGAUGCUACAAUUAAGUUAUGAUCAUUUAAAAGGUGAGGAAGGCGAGGAGGCAAAGUCAUUGUUACGACUUUGUGUUGCUUGUGGUGUCUCUAAGCCACAUUUGGAGGACUUGGUGAGGUACAGCGUGGGUUUGAGGUUAUUUCGAGAAGAUAGUAGCAUGGAAGAAGCUAGAGAUAGUUUGAGCUCGCUGAUCCAUACUUUGCAAGCCUCUUCCCUUUUGUUAGACGAUGAAGAUGCAGGCAGUUUCAAGAUUCAUGACUUAGUUCGUGGAUUUGUUACCUCGGUUGCUUCAAGGGAUCACCCUAUUCUUGUGUUGAAAGAUAAAGAUGAAUUGGAAAGAAAGUUGUCGAAGAAUAAGCUCAAAAGUUGUGAGGCGAUAUGCUUUCCCUACAUUGACUUGGAGGAGCUUCCUAAAGAAUUAGAUUACCCCAAAUUGAAUAUCUUUAUUUUUUUCACAAAUAGUAAAUCUCUUGAGGUCCCAGAUUCAUAUUUCAACUCUAUGAGAAAUAUCAUGGUCUUAGGUCUUACUGGGAUACGUCUCUGUCAUUCGCUUUCGCCUUUUCAGUUCUUGGAGAACUUAAACACUCUGUGUCUUAACGAUUGUUAUCUAGAGGAUGUGGCCAUACUUGGUGAGCUAAAAGGGCUACAAAUUCUUAGCCUUGUGAACUCCAACAUUUAUCGAUUGCCAAAAGAAAUGGGGCAAUUGACAAAGCUGAGAUUGUUAGACUUGAAUGAUUGUUCACAACUUCAAAUAAUUGAACCAGGUGUGCUCGGAAGCUUGACCAAAUUGGAAGAGUUGUAUAUGGAGGAUAGCUUUGAUGAAUGGAAUGCCUCAGAGCUAACUCCAGCAACUAAUGCUAGUCUCAUUGAAUUGAAUAACAUGAAGAAUCUUUGCAAUCUACAUGUAUUUAUUCCUGAUCCAAGUGUCCUCCCAAAGGAUUUAAAUGUCGAGAAAUUAACCAGCUAUAGAAUCCGAAUAGGCAAUGCGAGGCAUUGGCCGAGCAAGUGCAAAGGAUCGAGUACGUUGGAGCUCAAGUUGGAUCCAUUAAGUGAUGUUCUCUGGAAAGGAUGCAUACAGAGUAUCUUAGGCAAAAGUGAUGAUCUACUUUUGGACAAGUUGGAUGGAAGUGAGCAAAGUAUUUGUGCGUUAUCCCAAAAAGGUUUUCCGAACUUAAAGCAUCUACAAGUCAAGAAUAGUCUCUUCAUACGUUACAUCCUCCAAUCACCAUCCCAUAUAGAUUUUAAGAUGUUGGAGUCAUUACUUCUUAAGAAUCUCAUGAACUUGGAGAAGAUAUGCCACAACCAUAUCUCAUCCAAGUCCUUUAAUAGAUUAAAAGAAGUACGAGUUGAAAGUUGUGAUAAGAUGGAAGUAUUGUUUCCUCUUUCAGUGGCGAGAGGACUUCCACAGCUAGAAGAGAUCGAAGUUGUUGGUUGCAAGUUAAUGCGUGGGAUUAUAGAAGCUGAUGAGUGUAGCAAAGUGGAGUUGCAUAGUUUGCGUGUAUUGAAAUUGAUGGACUUGCCAGAUAUCAACAACUUUUUAAAUGUCGUGUCAGCUACUUCAGGUAGUAGAUCACACAACCAAGUUAGCACUAAAAUUGCAUUCUUCAAUGGGCAACAGGUUUCCAUCCCAUCGUUAGAGUCCUUGAUAAUGAAAGGACUUCCCAAUCUAAAAAAUAUAUGGAGCGAUGAAUCUCCAUUGGAGCUGAGCAAUCUCCGGUCUCUUGAAGUGGCACACUGCAAAUCUCUCUCGAAGAUUAUCAACUCUCAGUUGCUGGUAAAACUAUACAAGGUGAACACUUUAAUUAUAGAAGACUGCAUUUCGCUGCAAGAAAUUUUUGAUCUUGAUGGACCAAGCGGUAAUGGGAAUGAUGAGACUAUCUUUGAGCUAACCACCUUGAAAUUAAAUGGAAUGCCGAGCUUGAGGCACAGAUGGAACAAGAAUCCUUGUGGAAUAGUGAGUUUCCAAAAUUUAAAGAACUUGGUGGUGAAAGACUGUGAUAGCCUCGAGUUUAUGUUUUUCCCAUCCAUGAUUAAGUCUCUUGCACAUUUGAGAGAUCUAACCGUAUCAAAUUGCAAGAAGAUGGAGGUGAUCAUCACGGAGGAAGAAGGGUUGGGAAUGGAAAAAUUAGAAACUUUGGAGUUCCUGAUGUUCACAAGAGGUUCGGAGUCAAGAUUGCAUCCAAUCACGCUCCGUUGUACUCUUCAAUCAAGAGAUUCACGAGAAGCUCGAAGUCAGGAACGUGUCGAACCACACUCCACUGCACUUUUCAAUAAGGAGGUUGCCUUUCCUAACUUGGAGAGAUUAGAUAUCAACAUCAUAGAUAACAUCGAGAAGAUAUGGGACAAUCAAGUUGCUGCGGAUUCUUUCCACAAUCUAAAAUCCCUUUGUGUGGUUAAAUGCAAUAAGCUAGUGAACCUUGUUCCUUCUUGCAUUCUAGGACGGCUCUUGAACUUGGAAAGCUUGGAGGCAAGGGAUUGUGGUUUGCUUGAAGUAGUUUUCGAACCUCAGGCACCAAAUCCUCCAGCCUUGGUAGCCAAUGAUCUAAUCCAAUUGGAGAAUUCGAAGAUCAAUGAAUGUGGCAUUGCCGAACUCAUGGAGAAUGAAGAAGGACUAGUUCCCAAGUCUAUGUUCCCGAAGCUAACCUCCCUCAAGCUUAGGCAUCUAAUAGAGUUGAAGUUCAUCUACACCGGAACGCAUGCUUUACAAUGGCCAGCAUUGAAGACCUUGGAGGUCCAUGGCUGUUACAAAGUAGAGAUAUUUGCUUUGCAACUUGAGAAUGAGAUGACACUUGAUAAACAACCUCUCUUCUUAAUAGAAAAGGGCACAUUCCCUAAUCUCCAAAAGCUAAAAUUGGACUUAUCCAAACGAAUGGAGAUAUGGCAUGGACAUUUUCAUGAUGAAGAGUUCUUUUGCAAGCUUAGAGUUCUUGAGCUUCGUCAUCUCUCCGAGGAAUCUCCAAUGUCCAUAUGUCAUUUUGUUGAGAGUUUAACCAACUUGGAAAAGUUAGUUGUAUGUGAAUCCUAUCUAGAAGAGCCAAGCAGCAAUGAGGCAGCCAUAGAAGGCACAGAUCACAAGCUAAAAGUAACAUUACCCUUUUUAGGAUAUAGUCGACAUCUACAGACCCUAUAUAUGUCACAUUGUGAUGGCUUAUCAAAUUUGUUUACAUCGACAAUAGCUGAAAAUUUGGUGGCACUCACAAAAUUGAGGAUAAGUAAGUGUAAAAUAUUGACAAAAGUCAUUAGCGAUGAGGAAGGUGAGGAGGGGCGUGUAGUGGCUUUCAAUCAAUUGAAGUAUAUGGAGCUUGAUGGGUUGACAAAGUUGAGGUGCUUUAGUCCAUGUGGGUACACUUUGAUAUUCCCUCUCUUGGAAGAUGUCAUUGUGAAUGAAUGUCCCAACAUGAAGUUUUUCUCCAAUGGACCAAUAGAGGCGCCAAAGCUGGAGAGAGUACAAGUAGAUUCGAAGGAAUUGUAUGGACCAACCAAGUACCGGUAUUUUUGGAAGGGAAACCUCAACAUCACCCUUGAAAAUAUGUGCAAAGAAAUGGCCACGGUUGUUGGGUUGAGUUUAUGCGGCUAUUUGAGUUCCCUGAGUUGA